AUGCCUAAGGAGUCGGAGUUUAUAAAUUCGGAAUUCCAUAUAGAUGUCCAAGAUCCAGAACAUCUAAACGGCCAUCCUGUAGCGAAAUUUAUCAACAAAUUAAGCGGCCAGCCUGAAUCUUACGUCAAUAGAACCAAUUAUAUUUUUGGUCGGACUCUGGGUGCUGGAUCCUUCGGUGUUGUCAGGCAGGCAAGGAAACUGUCCACAAAUGAAGAUGUAGCCAUUAAAAUUCUUUUGAAAAAGGCAUUGCAGGGAAACAAUGUCCAAUUGCAAAUGCUUUAUGAAGAGCUAUCAAUUCUUCAGAAGUUGAGCCAUCCCAAUAUUGUUGCUUUUAAAGAUUGGUUCGAGUCGAAGGAUAAAUUUUAUAUAGUCACUCAGUUAGCCACUGGUGGUGAACUGUUUGAUAGGAUUCUCUCCAGAGGAAAGUUCACAGAAGUGGAUGCUGUUGAAAUUGUAGUUCAGAUACUUGGUGCUGUGGAGUAUAUGCAUUCUAAAAAUGUGGUUCAUAGGGACUUGAAGCCUGAGAAUGUUUUGUACGUUGACAAAUCAGAAAAUUCACCUUUGGUGAUUGCGGAUUUCGGUAUAGCGAAACAGCUGAAAGGAAAAGAGGAUCUGAUAUACAAAGCGGCCGGCUCGUUGGGUUACGUGGCGCCAGAAGUGCUUACACAAGAUGGACAUGGUAAACCCUGUGACAUAUGGUCAAUUGGCGUCAUUACUUAUACUUUAUUAUGCGGUUACUCUCCAUUCAUUGCCGAAAGCGUUGAAGGGUUCAUGGAAGAAUGUACGGCUUAUAGAUACCCGGUAACUUUCCACAUGCCGUACUGGGAUAGCAUAUCCGUUGAUGCAAAGCAUUUCAUCUUGAAAGCGUUGAGACUAGAUCCGGCCGAUAGACCAACGGCUACAGAACUAUUAGACGAUCCAUGGAUCACCUCAAAGAGAGUUGAAACUAGUAAUAUUUUACCAGACGUUAAGAGAGGGUUCUCUUUGCGUAAGAAAUUGCGUGAUGCUAUUGAAAUAGUUAAGCUCAAUAACAGAAUUAAGAGACUAAGAAACAUGUACUUGUUGGGGGAUGAUGGUGAUAAUGAUAUAGAAGAGAACUCUUUAAAUGGAAUCGCCCUGGAUGGCGUCACGAACUCCUUGAAUGAUUUACGUUUACAAACCCAAAAGAAAGCGGGAGAACUUACGGAGGAACAGAUGAAAUUAAAAUCUGCAUUGACGAAAGAUGCCUUCGUUCAAAUCGUUAAGGCUGCGACAAAAAACAAGCAUAAAGUUUUGGCAGGCGAGGAAGAGGACGAUAGCGAGAAAACAGAAGAAGACAAUCAGAAGUCGGAUUCAAAGGAUAGAAACUAG